CAUACGCCCUCUUUCAUUCUUCUGCAUUUGGCAUUCGGCGUCGAAGGUCGUGUAUGGACCUUAGGUUAUAGUGUAUUGUUACUUUUAAGUCUAAAUUUAGUAAUAAUGGCCAAUAACGAUAAUUUUGCACAAGACGUUACUGAUAAUCAAGUGAAUGGAAAUGCGGAGAACGGUGGUGGUGAUGGUCAGGAACAUAAUAGUGCGGACGCCCCGGGACGCGAUGACGACAGAAAACUUUUUGUUGGAGGCCUGAGCUGGGAAACCACAGACAAGGAAUUACGUGAUCACUUCAGUGCUUAUGGUGAAAUCGAAAGUAUCAAUGUCAAGACAGAUCCAAACACUGGCAGGUCGCGGGGCUUCGCCUUCAUCGUCUUCAAGGCACCAGAUUCCAUAGACAAGGUCAUGGCGGCGGGGGAUCACACCAUCAACAACAAAAAAGUAGAUCCCAAAAAAGCGAAAGCUAGGCAUGGAAAAAUAUUUGUGGGAGGUCUCAGCAGUGAAAUCUCAGAUGAUGAAAUCAAAAACUUCUUCAGUAAUUUUGGAACAGUCAUAGACAUUGAGAUGCCGUUUGACAAGACCAAGAAUCAAAGGAAAGGCUUCUGUUUCAUCACAUUUGAAUCUGAGCAGGUGGUCAAUGAACUGCUGAAGACACCCAAACAGACAAUCGGCGGCAAAGAGGUUGACGUGAAGCGCGCGACGCCCAAGCCCGACGGCCCCGGAGGGAUGGGGGCUCGGGGCGGGCGCGGCGGCCGAGGCGCGCGGGGCGGGCGCGGGGGUCGCGGAGGCUACGGCGGCCAGGGCGCGUGGGGCAACCAGGGCUACGGCGGCUAUGGCUACGGCCAGGGCGGAUACGGCGGCGGCUACGACGGCUACGGCUACGGCGGAUACGGAUACGACGGCUACGGGGGCUACGGCGGAUACGAUUACUCCGGCUACCCCAAUUACGACUACGGCGGGUACGGAGGGUACGAGGGCGGGUACGGCGCGCGCGCGGCUCCUCGCGGGAAAGUCUCUGAUGAUGUUGCAGCUGGCUACCAGGGUGGCAAGCAACGCGGCGGCGGAGGCGGCGGCCGCGCCAACCAGAGGCACCAGCCCUACUAAACACAAAACAGUACCUGCCGAAAGUCAUCUCAGUCCAAUAGUAAGGUUAAGUGAUCGGUCAUGCGCGUCCCCCGCGCCCGCGCCCGCGCCCGCUGCGAGCGCCGCGCCGGGGACGCGUCAUUCCAUUCCACACGAUUAAUUUAAGAAAUAAAAAUUAAGAAAAUUUUUAAGGAUAAAAAUAAAUAGUACGUCAUAUGUGACGUGAUCGCAGCCGGAGCGGUCGUGCAUAAAAUUAAAGUAAUAUAGUAUGGAUUUAUAGAGUAACUUGAGUAUUAUUGCUGAUUAGAUUCAAUUUUGACAUUCUCUUACCUUUUUAACUGAUUGUUAGAAUGAUAAAUAAUUACUAUACAGAGCUUAACGUUAGUGAAUAGCCGUGUCCUUGUCCCGUCGAUGUGGAGCCGUGAGUUCGUGCGUGCGUUUGCGAGUGUGAGUGCCUCCCUACACUGUUUUGUUCUGGAUCUCAUUGCAGAAAAAUGUAGAUUUGUAAUUUAUAAUUUUGAUAUCGAAACAAGGAAACCGGAAUCAUGUAUUUUAUACAAACUUGUAUCUUCCACUGAGUAGGGAUGAAAUUAGAAAAUAAGUACUCGGACAUGAACAAACUUUGCUGAUAUACAAGUUGUAUGUCGAAAUAAAUAUGUAAAUAAAAUGUUGACUUUU